UGUAAAUUUGUUGCCCAGUAAUUUUACACACAGAUACAUACAGAUUACAGAGACACCAGAGAGAAAGAGAGAGAGAAAGACAGAGACAGAGAGGUCAGAGAUGGGUGACAACCUCUUCGAAGGCUUGCCUCCUCCUUCCCAACAAAAACCACAAGAAGAAGAAGAAGAAAAACAACAACAUCAACUGCACAACACUAUUACUACUUCUUCUUCUUCUUUUUCUUCGCCAGUUCCGCCUCCGAUUCCAGUCCUCAAGAGCGCACUCAAGCGCCCCAAACCCAAACCCACUGAGCCAUUCCCAGAACCAGAAGCUGCUGCACCUGAAAAACGCUUGAGGUUCAAAACCACAACUGAUGCCUCAGAGAAGCAAAUUAUAGAGGCCAUGCAAAAAAUAGCUUCGCAUAUCAAGAACCCCACAAAGUUUGGUAAGGCUUCAAAGUUGGCCAUCCAGCUGAUUCAAGCGGGAAGUGUGAAGCCAGGAACUAGUGAUCACUUCUUUGCCAUACUAGAAGCUGCAAUGUCUUCAUCCACUUCUUGUACAGAUCCUUCAGUGCAAGCAGAUUAUCAUGCAUUGUUCUCAGCCGCACAAGAUGUCACAGUAUGUCUCAGUAAGAAGCAAAAGAAUCAACUAACUACAUGGAUGAUCAUGGUGGUGGAUGCAAAUGAUUUAUACACUGAUGACAGCUUUGUGGUAUGAACUUUACUUGUGCUACCUUUUAGUCAU